ACAGCUUCCUUGUAUGGGAAGUGGCUGCUGGGCAGGGUUUUACUAGCAGCUCCUGACACCAUGGGGCUGGGCUAUAGGCAUUUUGUGGGCUUAGUGCUGCUCUGGUCUCUGGGGACAGCCCUUGGGCAGGGGGACUUCCGCAGGGUCAGUUUCUCUGUCUUGCAGCAUGGAUAUGAGUAUGACUGUGGAGACUAUGGAAUGCAGCUGCUGGUCUUUCCCAGCCAGGGCCGCACUGUCCGCUUCAAAGUUGUGGAUGAGUUUGGGACAGCCUUUGAGGUUACCAACUGCUCCAUCUGCCUCCACUGGGUCACAUCUAACCAGGAAGGGGUGGUGACCUUCUCAGCAGGCUACAAUGGCUGUCAUGUGCUGAAGAAGGAUGGCCGUAACCACCUGCAGGUGCGAGUGGAGGAACUGCUGAGCACCAGGGCUGUUGCUGCCACCCGUGACGUUAACUUGACCUGCCCCAAGCCCACUGAACGUGACUUAACCCCAGAGGAGACCAUGCGCUACGUGCCGCAGCCGGGCCUGGUGCGCCCGGUGCCCGUGCCGCAGCCGGGCCUGGUGCGCCCGGUGCCCCAGCCGCAGCCGGGCCUGGUGCGCCCGGUGCCCCAGCCGCAGCCGGGCCUGGUGCGCCCGGUGCCCCAGCCGCAGCCGGGCCUGGUGCGCCCGGUGCCCCAGCCGCAGCCGGGCCUGGUGCGCCCGGUGCCCCAGCCGCAGCCGGGCCUGGUGCGCCCGGUGCCCCAGCCGCAGCCGGGCCUGGUGCGCCCGGUGCCCCAGCCGCAGCCGGGCCUGGUGCGCCCGGUGCCCCAGCCGCAGCCGGGCCUGGUGCGCCCGGUGCCCCAGCCGCAGCCGGGCCUGGUGCGCCCGGUGCCCCAGCCGCAGCCGGGCCUGGUGCGCCCGGUGCCCCAGCCGCAGCCGGGCCUGGUGCGCCCGGUGCCCCAGCCGCAGCCGGGCCUGGUGCGCCCCAUCUAUCCUCCACUGAGUAAUAGAGGUGCCCACCUAACACAGGAGCAGUGCCAAGUGGUGGCUGGGAAGAUCCCCUGUGCAAAUGCCCUUGACCAAGCUGCUUGCUUCCAGGCUGGGUGCUGCUAUGAUGGGACUGACCCAACUACUCCUUGCUACUAUGGAAACACAGUCACUGUUCAGUGCCUUAUGGAUGGUCACUUCAUUCUGGUGGUCUCCAAGGACAUGUCUGACCACCCCAUCAUCCUGGACAGUGUCCGGCUAGCCUAUGCCCAGGCAGGGUGUGAUCCCAUCAGGAUGACUGAAGCUUUUGUGCUCUUCCGCUUCCCUCUCACACAAUGUGGUACCACAGUCCAGAUGAUUGGGGACAAAUUGAUCUAUGAGAAUCAGCUGAUCUCUGGCAUUGACAUACAGACUGGGCCAGAGGGCUCUAUCACUCGGGACAGCACCUUCAUCCUCCAUGCUCGCUGCAUCUACAAUGCCAGUGACUUUCUGCCAGUCCAGGUCGAGGUCUUCUUGCCCCCCACACCUGCUCCAGUCACCCAGGCAGGACCCCUCCGGCUUGAGUUGCGCAUCGCCACAGACCCGAGCUACAGAUCCUAUCUCACGGAGAGAGACUACCCUGUGGUGAAAGUGCUCAGGGACCCUGUCUACAUGGAGGUUCGCAUCCUGCACAGAACAGACCCGUCCCUGGUUCUGGUUCUGCACCAGUGCUGGGCCACCCCAAGCGCUAACCCCCUGCAGCAGCCGCAGUGGCCCAUCUUGGUGGACGGGUGCCCAUUCCUGGGAGACAACUACAGAACCCAGCUUGUGCCCAUGGGCCCUGCAUCUGAGCUGCCCUUCCCAACUCACCACCAGCGCUUUGUCCUCUCCACCUUUGCCUUUGUGGACUCUGCUGCCCAGAUGGUGCUUGAGGGACUGGUGUACAUCUUCUGUAGUGCCUCAGCCUGCUCACCAUCCCAGCUGGAGCCCUGCCAGACCAUAUGCCCAUCAGGGGUGACUGCAAGAGGCCGUCGGUUCCUGACUAUCCAAAAUGGGAUAGAGCCUCUCGAUGUGGUGAGCUCUCAUGGGCCUGUGAUUUUUCUAGGACAGCCCAGAGGCAUUCAAAGAUUCAGUCUAUGGGAAUGAAGAUCCUGUCUCUAGACUAGAUUUGUCCCCUGUGCUCCUGGCUGGGCUCUUGCUGCUGGCUGUGAUCUCCAUUCUCACUGCUGUGAUCAUGCUCUGGAAGAGAAAAGGCUGGAUGACAGGGUUCCAAAACCCUCAUGAAGGAACAUUGUAGCAAAAACCAAUAAAACUGGUUGUAUCCUA